AUGGCCGCCUCUUGCGUUCCCAUUUUCAUCGUCCUCUUGUUCUUGAGUUCAUUCUGCAAGUCCGACGAUGAUACUCUCACGCAAGCAAAGCCGCUCUUCUCCAGCGACAAGCUCGUCUCCAAGGGCGGGGACUUUGCUCUCGGCUUCUUCUCGCCGACGAGCUCCAACACGAGCUUAUACCUUGGCGUAUGGUACAACACCAUCCCUGCACGCACCGUCGUGUGGGUCGCCAACCGUGACAGCCCGAUCGCCGCCUCUUCGUCCGCGACGCUCGCCAUCACAAACAGUUCUGACCUGGUGCUGUCGGACGCCCAAGGCCUCGCUUCUUGGGCGACCAAAACAAACAUCGUGGCUGGAGGAGCUGGAACUGCCGCGGUGCUUCUCGACACGGGUAACUUCGUCCUUCGCUCGCCCAACGGCACCUACAUAUGGCAAAGCUUCGAUCAUCCCACCGACACCCUCAUUCCAAGCAUGAAGUUCGUGGCGAGCUACGGGGCACAGGUGGUUGGGCGUCUCAUUGCUUGGAAGAGCUCGGAUGACCCAUCCUCCGGGGACUUCUCCUGCGGCCUUGAUCCUACCUCCCCAGCCCUUCAGAUGCUCAUUCGGAACGGAUCCAAGCUGUACUACCGAGGUGUGUGGAAUGGCGCGACUGUGUCCGGCGGCACAUACUCAAGCAACGACGACUCCAUAGUGUACCAAGUAAACGUCGGGCAAGGGGGUGAGGUAUCCUUGACCCUCAAUGUCUCCGACGGCUCGCCUCUCACGCGCAUCGUGCUUGAGCACACAGGCAAGUUGACGUCUCUUAGCUGGAUCAACCAGUCAUGGGUAGUCAUCGGUUCACGCCCCGACGCUGCCUGUGGCAUCUACUCCUCGUGUGGACCGUUCGGAUACUGCGAUUUCACUAAGGCAGUACCGGUGUGCCAGUGCCUCGAUGGGUUCCAGCCUAACGGUCUUGACGUUUCGAGUGGAUGCCGGAGAACAGAAACACUGACAUGCAGCAAGCAAAGUCAUUUUGUGGCCUUGCCUGGAAUGAAGGUCCCUGACAAGUCUUUGCAUAUACCCAACAGGAGCUUUGACGAUUGUACCGCUGAGUGCAAUAGCGAUUGCUCCUGUACAGCAUAUGCUUAUCGCAGUUUGAGCAGCGUCAUUGCUAGGGUCAGCCUGCCACGGUGCCUGGUUUGGAAAGGGGAGCUUAUCGACACGGGGAAGUACAACGGUAACACUUCUUUUACUGCAGGGACAUACCCUAACUUAGGUGAGAACCUGUACCUCCGGCUUGCCGACACCAAUGGUAUCAAGGCACACAUCAGGUCUGCAGGUAAUCGACAAAAUAAAGGGAUCCUAAAGAGACAAAUCCUAGGGCACUUUAGCUCUUCCAGUGAAAUCACAGACAAAAUCAUAGAAUUCCCAUUUAUCAGCUUCGAAGACGUUGUUGCCGCAACCAACAAUUUCUCUGACUCAAACCAAAUUGGAAUGGGAGGUUUUGGCAAAGUUUACAAGGGAAUGAUUGAUGGUGGUAAAGAGGUUGCUAUCAAAAGGCUUAGUGAGGGUUCUAGGCAAGAUGCUACAAGACAACAUGUUUUGGAUUGGCCUACGCGCUUUAAAAUAAUUAAAGGAGUAGCAAGAGGUCUUCUUUAUCUCCAUCAAGAUUCAAGGUUAACAAUAAUUCAUAGAGACCUCAAAGCAAGCAACAUACUAUUGGACACAGAAAUGAAUCCCAAAAUAUCAGAUUUUGGCAUGGCAACAAUUUUUGGUGAAAAUCAGCAACAAGGAAACACUGCACGGGUUGCUGGGACAUAUGGUUACAUGUCACCGGAAUAUAUGAUGGAAGGUUCAUUUUCUGUGAAGUCGGACACCUAUAGCUUUGGUGUUCUUCUCUUGGAGAUUGUAAGUGGCUUGAAGAUUAGCUCAGCGCAACUCACAAUGAACUAUCCAAGCCUUACAAAUUUUGCAUGGAAAUUAUGGGAAGAUGGAAAAGCAUGCGAGUUGGUCGACUCUUCAAUUUUUGAGACAUGCCCACUCCAUGAAGUUCUACGAUGUAUCCAUGUAGGACUCUUGUGUGUUGAAGACCAUCCGAAUGAUAGGCCACUAAUGUCUUCUGUUAUAUUUAGCUUGGAGAAUGAAAGUGCACUACUGCCAUCACCAAAGCAACCUCUAUAUUUUGCACAAAUAAAUUGCAAAACAAAAGAAACGAGGGAUUAUACGGAGAACUCUAUGAAUACAAUCACUAUCACAACACUACAGGGUCGCUAG